UUUUUUUCCACUAAUUCCUAUACUUUUCAAAACCCUUUGUGAUCUGAUCGUCCCAUUCACACACACCACAAUUAACCACCUUGAACUUUUCAAUACCUUCAGAAUUUUCAUACACCCUCUCUCUUCAUCCAGAUUAUACAUACGCGGCCUGUCUCCCGCAACCACAGCAGACACACACACACACACAGUUUUUCUCCCUUAUUUUUGUCAAAUGAAUAUGUAUCACAUAAACCAAAGUAUACUCCAAUGACAACCAAUAUGAGAAUCCUACCAUUUUCUGAUCAUCUUACCUUGAUGAUGACAAUUACAAAAUACAAGUUUCCUUAGAAUCGAUCCAUUUUCUUUUUUCCAUGCACCGCAUGGACACUGUCUUCUCCCUCCCCGAGUCAGCCAGGGCUAACUUUCUGCAGUCUAUAAUGCAGUCCUCAGGCUGCUCAUACAUUUGUCUUUGGUCCUAUGAUUCCCUCUUAUCCAAUCGUUUGCUGUGCUUGGAUGGAUUGUUCAAUGUAAGAAUCAACCAAGCGAGCACCUCUUUGGGGAGUGUAGCUCAAAGGCUUUUUGACCAAUAUAGGAGUUUAGUAUUUGAUGUCAAUGAUAAUGACCGAAUUCCAGGACUGGCCUUCAAGAACCGCAGCUACCUUGAGCUGCAGCAACCAGAUCUUCUGAGACUGGCAUGGACACAAAUACAGGCACAAUUUUAUCAGGAAGCAAGGAUUAAGACUGCUGUCUUCAUGGGGUGUAACAAUGGAGAAAUGGAACUUGGGUUCCCAAACAUGUCUCAAGAUGAUAUUCAGACAGCACUUAGGAAUUGGUUCCCAGAUGAAUUUUCCAGAUUACAGUCAUCAUCAAAUCCGCAGCCAAACAUUGAUCAGAGUCAGAACCCACCUUCAUCAUCAUCUUCUUCCUUGAGAUCACUCUCCCUAUCUGCAGGAAGCCCUGAAUACUCAUCCCUCCUGUUCAACAUUCCUGGAUCUUCCCCUCAUUUCCCUCAAGAUCAAUCCCUCACAGCUUCUUCUUCUAGCUCACACCAGCAAGUCUUCCAAGCACUGGCUCAAUCCACAGCACAGAGCAGUACAUUCCCAACACCAGAAGGUGAAAAUGAUGCUAUGAUGAGAGCAAUCCUUCAUGUCCUUUCUACUAAUAAUCCUCCUCCUUCUACUCCAACCUCUCUUCUUCAUCAACCCCACCACCGUCAGAAUUUGCCUGAUUAUAUGGUUCGUCCUGAUCAGACUAGUGCCUUCAAGAGGUACAGCCCCAUUAUCCCGCGGCCUUCAUCCCAAAUGGGACCAGAUCAGCUGAGGCAAAGUCUCUUUAAAAGGUCAUUGACGUUCUUUAGAGGCUUGAAUUUCAUGAGAAUGAGAGAAAGUGUUCAAACAACAACUCGUCCCAGCAGUACACAGCUUCAUCACAUGAUUUCAGAAAGAAGAAGACGUGAGAAGCUCAACGAGAACUUUCAAGCUCUUAGAUCACUUCUUCCUCCUGGAACUAAGAAAGACAAAGCAUCAAUACUUACAACAGCGAAGGAAGCACUGACCUCUUUAAUGGCGGAGAUAGAAAAGCUUAGAGAGAGGAACAAGCAGUUGGAGGUGGCAGCAACAUCAUCAUCAUCAUCAUCAAUGGCGGCUCGUCCGGUAGCGAAAGAAGCAAGUGAUGAUCAUGAAAUCUUCAAUGAGAGGUUAAAUGUCAGAAUUUCACACGAACUAUCAGAAUCAAGCUCGUCGGAACAAGAGAGAAUCGCAGAUUUGGAAGUGACAGUGAGGGGACAAAGUUCUCAAGUCGAUAUUCUGAUUCGAUUACUGGAAUUUUUGAAACAGGAUCAAAAUUUGAGCUUGAUUUCCAUGGAAGCUAACACUUAUUUAGCUCACGCCAAUUCCUUCAACCGAAUCACAAUAAGGCUAAGGGUUGAGGGAAGUGAAUGGGACGAGUCUGCCUUCCAGGAAGCAGUGAGAAGGGUGGUUGCUGACCUGGCACAGUAACUUACAUCUGGUCCAAUAAUCACAUCCCACGUCAUCAGUCAUCUUCUAUAACUUACUCCUCAAUUUUUUUUUUAUUUUUAAAACAGCAGUUUGCUAGAGAUGGAUUUUGAGGAUUUAUAAUCGUUACCAAUUAAAUCAAUCUUUAUUAGAUAUUUAUAUAUUAUUAGUUGGGCUCUCAACCAAAUCUAGGCAUGUAUUUAUAUUUUAUUAUCAUUUUGUUCAAAUAGGGAAUAGAUUCUUAAUUAUUAAA